UCGUUAAGCCAACAAAUGGCAAAUAAAUAAGAAUAUGAAAGAUUUGCAUGCGUCAUUAUAUGUGCAAAGAGAAGCGAGAAAAAAUAAAAAAGAAUAGAACCCAACGCUUGCUCCAAUUUGUUGGCCUGUUAAUGGAACUUGUUCGAUAUUGAUAUACUAAAUAUAUAAUCAUGGCCGACGCUGGUGCAAAGUAAUAUGUGCAAAGAUUGCAAGACUAAGUUUAUGGAAACAUGCACGGACAAAGGUUUAUGUGUUUGGCUUAAGCACGGUUGGCAGGUCCUUUAAGGCCACACUCAACAACAACAACAGCAACAACAAAAACAAAAACAACAAUGGAUUUUGGCAGCUGGCUGCUGCAGCUGGUCAUCUACUGGCUGCUGGCUACGAGGCGCAUUCAGUGUCUACUUGUGACUGACAUCAAUGUGCCACAAAUUGUUGAUUUUCGUGAUAACGUGACAUUAUCCUGCAGCUAUGAUAUAAGUGGUCACACGUUAAAUUCGGUUAAGUGGUACAAAAACGACAGCGAGUUUUUUAGAUAUGCACCACUGAUGCAGACCGUUUUCAGAAAAUUCCCGGUGCAGGGCGUGCAAUUGAUCGAUGACGGCAACGAGUGCAAUGAAUCCUCGUGUCGUGUGGAGCUUAAUUUAUUGGGCGUCAAGUCAUCGGGCGUCUACAGGUGCGAAGUGUCCGGCGAUGCGCCACACUUUAAGCUCACAGCGCGCGCCGGCAACAUGAGCGUUGAAGCGUUGCCGCAAAACAAUCCGCUCAUCAGCAGCUUUCACUCGAUGUACCGUUUCGAUGAUUUCGUCCAGGUCAACUGCAGCACCGACUUCUCCAGUUUGUUAACCAAAAUAACCUGGUACAUCAACGGUGUUCGGGCUUCCAUAUUGGAUAUGCAACCAAGUGUGGAGACAUCAAUUGCGGCGCAUGACUACAAUUUGAGGCGCAUCGUGUCGCAGUUGAACUUCUAUGCAAACGAUCCACGCUUCCAUCAGCUGCAGUUGCAGCAACUAUUACAGCAGCGGCAACAACAACAACAACAGCAGCAACUGCGCUCAAUGUCGCCACUGCGUCUGGGCCUGGAGCUGCGCUGUGUGGCAGAGAUCGAGAGUUAUCCGCAGCUAAUGAGAGAGACCAGCCUGCAGGCGCAUCUGUUUCGCGAUGAUAUCGAUCUGAAGAAUCAAAAGCUGUUCAAGUCAGCCGCGCCCGGUGUCGCUUUGCUCAGCGCUCAGCUGUUGUUGGUCGCGACAACCGCAACGGCAGCCGCCAUCAGCACACAGUGGCUCUUCAUGCCGCUAACGUUGCAGCAUGGCGCCAAAAAGUUGACCCGCUACAAAAAUGUCAACGGCAACCGUUAGUGCUGCACAUUUAGUUUUGGGUCUUUUAUUUAUGUUGGUCUGUGUAUUGGUUUUGUAAACAUUUUUUAGCUUUAAGCAACUGAAAUGCACGUGAGAAUUUACAAUUACAAUUACAAUUACAAUUACAAAUACAACUACAACUGAUAUGUAUGUACGUUACUUGAAUUAGUCUAAGUCGCGUCAAGCUAACCUGUGUAAAUAGUCUGUAAGUACGAGUAUGAGUAUGCAAUACAAUAAAAGAUCAUCAAUAAAUAUUA